AGGCGCGGCGGGCGGAGGGAGCCGGGCCGGGGCCGAUGGGGCCGGGGCUGCCCGCCCCCGCUCGCCGCUCGGGGAGGCGCCGGCGGCCGGGGAAGAGUCGCCCGUGGACCGGCGAGCGGCACCGGGCGGGAGAACCGGGGCGGUAGGGAAGCGCUCGGCCCCCCAGGAAAGAAGAGGGAAGGGACAGUUGGGUGCCGCGGGGCCCCCCCGGGACCCUCUGCCACUUCCCAGUAAACAUGGACGCCGGGUCACUGGACGCGGCGGUGCAGAGUGCCCUCCAGGCCCUCUACCCGCCUUUCGAAGCCACGGCCCCCACAGUCCUGGGCCAGGUGUUCCGGCUGCUGGAGACCAGCUACCGGGGAGAUGGGCUCUGCUGCCUGCUCCAGUUCCUCAUCCCGGCCAAGCGCCUCUUCGAGCACGUGCGGCAGGCAGCCUGUGCUCCCUACUUUAACUGCAUCUUUCUUCAUGAAGGCUGGCCCUUGUGUCUUCACGAAAAAGUGGUCGUCCACCUCGCGCCGCUCAACCCCCUCCUACUGCGCCCCGGGGAUUUCUACCUGCAAGCGGAGCCCUGCGAGGAGCACUCGGCGCGUAUCACCGUCAAGCACCUCUCCCACGACCUGCGCACGGUGGAGGAGACGCCCGUCCCUGAGGCCGCCUACGCGCUGCUCUUCACCAACGAGUGGCUGGAGGAGAUCAAUGGCAACCGGGACAGAACCCCCCUGCACACCUGCCUGGUGGCCACCGAGAACGGCAUCACCCCGCUGCCAUGGAGCAAGAUUGCCACGCCGGAGUUCAUCGACAAACCCAAGGCCGGUGCGGACCACACACCUGCAGGCACAUGGCAUGGUCCCGCUCCUGAAACUGCGGCCGAGCCAGCAGCACCCAGCACGCCCAUGCCCCACAGCACAGCAGACAUCCCGGCAUCCUAUGGCAACGUUGCGGGCACCAUCCCAGGCUGCAAGGUCACCUCUCGAAAGUCAAGCCAGGGAAGAUACCCAGGACUGAUCAAAGUGGACCAGGCUGGGCUGCGGAAGAAGCCAACCAUGCUGGCCAUGCCCAGCCUCUACGAGAUCAUCAGCCAGAACCUGGAGGGGGAGUACGUGGACCUGCUGGAGCUCUCCCAGGAGCAGCUGGACCUCCUGGCCAGGUCCCUGCCACCUGCCUGCCCAGCGGGGCUGAUGGGGUCUGGGGCCGAGGCGACGCUCCCCUGGGUGAAUGGGGGGACAAGGGCAGAUGCCUGGCCCUGCCGGGGGACACCGAGCUCCGAGGAGGGUCCCUGCACCCCGUGCCUGGGGAGGAAGCUGAGCCAGGAGCCAGGGCCACACAGCCCACGGUGCCGCCACCGCGACUCCUACCUGGCCGCGCUGCAGAACCCGGUGAGCUUCGGACUGAUGGCAGCCAUCCUGGAGGAGCCAGAUGGCCCCAGCCCUGGCCCCAAACCGCCCCCUGCCACCCCUCAUGAGACCCCUGCGCAGCUCGGGACGGGGGCUAGCAGCCCCACAGUCCUUGCCCGCCAUCCCCGCCGAGCGAGUCCCGGGGCGCAGGUGGAGGCAUUGGCGCGGCAGGGCAGCCCCCGGCUCCCUCCGGGCUCCAGCCACAAGUUCUCCUUCCUGAAGGGCCCACGGCUCGGGGUGGCCCCCGGGGACGAAAGAGCCACCAGCCAGCACGAAGGAGCCUGGAAGAGGAUGUCUGCCAUCUACUCGCCCAGGAUGGGCAGAGCCAAGCCAGCCGGGAAAGGUACGGAUGCGGCAGCCACUGCCACCAUGGAGGAGCGGUCCCUGGAAAGCACGGGCUGUAAGAACGGUCCCUCUGCGCCCAACAAGGGCACCUCUGGCCGGGAGCCACCGGCCUGGCAGGACCUGCAUGCUGGGCUGCUGCGCUCAGGCAUCGUGUGCCUGCCAGGGAGCUCGGACAGGAUGGGCAGGGCCCUUCUGCAGGUGACCACCAGCGGCAGUGCCUGGGGGGCUGCGUGGUGCUCGGCUGCCGAGCUGGCGAGGCUCGUCCUCUACCUCUGCUCCCUCCCCAGGCGAGAAGCGAAGGACGGCGGGCUCACCGUCGUGGUGGAUGCUAGGAAGCAGCCGCCCGCUCCUGUCCUGUUCGCGGCCCUCCGCUCUGUCCAGAGUGUCUCGCCGGGCUGCAUCCACACCGUGCUGCUGCUGGCCGAGAAGGAGCUGGCUGCCCACCGCGAGAAGCUGCCUGGGGUGCAGGUGGAGACCCUGGCAUCGCUGAAGGCUCUGGGCCGCUACGUCGACAGCUCCCAGCUGACACAGGAGCUGGACGGCACCUUCCCCUACUGCCACGGCGAGUGGGUUCAAUUCUUCCAGAAACUGCAUCCCUUCACGGCCGGCCUCAGGCGGGCAUCGGAGCUGCUGCAGAGCUGCAUCCGGGAGCUGCGGAGCGCCGACGCGCUGGCGGGGACACAGGACGCGGCCGCGUGCAUCAAGAGGCACCAGGAGCUGAUGCAGAGGGUGCUGAGCGACCCGCAGCUGGUGUGUGUGCAGCGCGAGGGGGGGGCCGUGCUGGCCAGGCUGCGCAGGGAGGCCACCCGGCUCAGCGCCUCGGCCAACGUCAGGACCAGCAUGGAGUCGGCCGAGGGGCUGUACAGCCAGCUGGAGGAAGAGCUUCACAACCUGGUGUCCCAGUCCAACAGCUGCCUGGAGCACCUGGAGUUCCUCCAAAAGGUCCGGGAGCUCGAGGCCGAGUUCAGCAAGCUGGGAUGCUGGCUGGACGGGGAGGCAGCGGCACGGCUGCAGGAGAUGGGCACCGAGGAAUGGAGCCCCGACAACUUCCAGGGCUCUGCUGAGCAAUUUAACGAGUUCUUCGUCCAGGCAACAGCUCAGUACCAGCACGGCCUGGCCCUGUGUCAGGAGGCGGCUGAGGUCCGAGACGUGUCAUUCCCCGAAGCAGACCCCUUCCAGGUUGCUGCAGCCCUUUUUCGGACGAAGCUGAUGAGCUUCUACAGGCAGGUGGAGCGGCGACAGGCUGAGCGGGAGCUGCUGCAGGAGCUCAGACGGUUCUCCAGCAAGAUCACGGGGCUGAAGCUGGACUGCAGGCAGUGCUCAGCCCGGGUAAAACGUGGGGAGGGCCAGGCGCUGCAGUGCCUGCAGAGCUCCUUCCAGAAGCUGUCGGUGGAGUUCGCCCUGGAAAAGCUGCAGGAGAUGAAGGCUCAGGUGCACAGGAUGCAGAGCAGCCAAGGGCUGGCAGCCUGGACCGAGGCACGGCAGAAGUACCAGGAGACCCGGCAGGUCCUGGAGGAGAUGCUGGCGGAGCUGCAGGAGGCCUGGGGAGCACAAGCUGAUGGGCAGGGAGACACCUUUGGCUCCCCCAGCUCAGGGUCUGCAGCCCCUUGCAAGGAAGCCCCAGUCUGCAAAGCAACCGCCAGCCCCGAGCCAGCGGUGUCGGGGGGCCGCGGGGCGGUGGAGCAGCCAGAACCCAACGCCCAGGGACCAGGACAGCCCCCGAGACGGGGAAAGCCCCGGGCCAGCAGCAUUCCUGGCCCCACGCUGGGGACGGAGCUGAGCUCCCCACAGCCCCGCUGCCGGCAGGGGACAGAGGGUGACGGUGCCCUUCAGCGCCGUGUCUCUGCUGACACCCCCCUCACAAAACUCGAGAGCGGAGCCCGCCUGGGAGCUGCAGGACACCUCGCCCAGGAGCGUGGCCAGCCCCUUCAGAGGCAUUCCUUCACUCUGCCUCCCCGGGCACAUUUUCCAAGUUCUGACCCAUUAUGUCCCACCACUGUGCCCCACGGGACUGUCUCAGCCCCCGGCACGCAUGGUCCAUCUGCAGAUAAACGAACAGAAACCACACAGUACUUCCAGGUUUCCAGCCAGAGCAGUUUCUCCUCUGAAGACUCAGACUCACAGAACUCCACCGAAGAAGCCCCAGCAGCGAGCCUGGCUUUGCCCCGGGACCUCCAGAGUCCCCGACCAUCUUGCCCCUCUGAAAAGCCACCCCAGAUUGUUUAUCUGGAGAACCACCACACCGAGAGUCCAGCAAAUGCCAAGUAAAAAACAGUCCCUUCCAGCUGGGGCUUUUGUGGAAGUCUCAAUCACCAACUGGAUGAGACAUCCCAUGCUCGGAGGUGGGAUACUGGGACCUGUUGCCCAACCCUCGGUCCCCGAGUCCUUCAGUUCCCCAUACUUAGCACUCACCCCGCUGUGGAAUGGCAAUAACCCCAUCACGAGCCUCAUGAGGUUCGUUAAUAAUCUACUAGGUGUGUAGCAAUCCUCACGUAAAGUGCAUUUAUCCUUAUCAGCGCCAGGUUUGCCUCCGGACAUCGGUGAGGGUUCCCUGCAGUCAGCAGCCGUGCUCGGAGCGUCCCAUGGGAGCGCAAACCCGUGCCGAGGUGUUUCUGCCUGCGCUGCUGCUUUGGCCCUGGCCGAGCAACAGCGACAGGCGUGUUGUUCACGUGCACUCGUUCAGGUGGGACUAACGUUAUUAGCAUUAAUAAAUCUAAAGAGAAGCGCCCAGCACGGUUCUUGUGGAGCAGAAUGUAAAGCCGUGUCCUGCCAAUAGCCAGGCGCUGGAUGCUCGCCCAGGCUCCCCACCACUGCCCCAGCCCAGUGCCAACGGGCAGCCGGUGCCACCCCGACAGCCUCCCGUGUCACCUGCAUGGGCUGUGGCCACAGCCUGGCUUCUCCUGCCCACUGCCAGCAGGAUGGCCCUGCUCAAACCGCUGUUGGCUCAUCCCUGUUGUGCCCUGCCCUGUUGGCCCCCGCUGCCAGGUUGUGGCCAUUUGCAGAAUGAGUCCUUCUCCCUUUUUUGGGGGUUAAAAGAAAUGCCUCGGUCUCCAGUUCUCACUCCCAUCCUAUCCCCUCCCCGGUACAUGGGCGAGGGUGGUGUCAUCCCGCUCAGCCUCCCCACUUGUUGGGAACGCGCCGUCCCCGAGCCUUGGGGAUCCAGCUGAGCUGGCUGCGACCUCGCCGAUCACCGUCCAAAACCGCCCGGGGUCCCCGGGGAUCCCGUCCCCAUCGGCACAUCCCGCCGAGCCGCGCUGCCUGUUUGGGCACCCGGGAGUGGGUGAAGCCAGGCGAGGGACGGGCUGUCCCGGCCAGGGCCCUGCGCCACCCACCACCCCAGGCAGCCGCAUCAUGAGCUAAUCAAGAGACAUCGUAGAAAAAGCAAUAUCUCACGUAGGAGCCGUUCCAGAAAACCACCCUCCUCCUCCCAGCCACGGCGCAGUCACGGCUCACGACGCUGCGCCUCAGCAAAGGGCAGUUGCCCAUCCCAGUGUUUGUGAGCAUCACUCAUACCCCCCUCAGCCUUGUUUUUGCCAAAUCCCCAAGCCAAGCCCCGCUGAGCUCCUCUCUGGCUGCUGCAGUCUUGGCCGCCCCCCAUGGUGCCGCAUUCCUCCUGCCCAGGUCAUUAACAGCAGUGUUAAUGAAGAUGGAUCCCAGCCUGCUCCCCAGGCACUGCCCUGGGACCUCCUGCCUGUUGCCUCUCCCAGUCCUACCCAUUGUCUGCUCUUACAUCUCCUUACACUUCUUUUAAGCUUCAUCUUUUCCAGCUCAAACACUAAUUUCCCCAGUAGCACUUCUGUCACUGCUUCACUUAAAUCCCAAGAGCUGAGUCUAUCCCAUUCCUUUUGGCUUAAAAGUAAUUAUCAUAAAGAGACACCGAGGGAGGUCUGCAAGAUCCAUCCUGGGUGAACCCAGCCAGCUUUGCCCCAUUCUCCAAUCAGUGCCACGUCCUGAAUGUCACCGAGGUCACCCCAGCCAGGACACUUUUCCCACCUCUUCAUGUUACGAUAUUUACCCGUGCCCAACUCUCUGGCCCCGUGCCGAGUUUAAAGGGCUCCGGGAAUCCCCUUGCUGCAGAGCCGAUGUGGUGCAUAAAUCCAGAGAAGGAGCAGACGGACGUGCCCUCCCCUGCUCCGACAUCCCCGCGAGCCACCACGGCUGGCUGUCCCUGUGCCAGCGAGCCGAGCACACCGGCUCCCUGGCCCCGCACACGCGCCUGGAGAGGGCCGUGCCUGCCUGGACGGCACCCAGCUCAUCGCGAGAGCCAAAAAUCUCAUCUACCUCCAAAAGCAUUUAAAGCCUGACAGUUCCCUCGCUCAAUUUGCUGCUCUACCGAGAGCUGAUUUGUUGUAUCACUCCGUUACACACUCGCCUCGGCAGCGCACUGAGGAAGCAGCAUGCUUUCCAAAUUCCUCUUUGGAUACCGAUUUUUACCUGUCGUUUCACAGAAGCCCGUGGCUUCGGAAGUCCUCGUUAUCAGACCACGUGCGGCUGAGCGCAGCCUCCUGCGACCGGCACAGCGCACACAUCCCACCCUGGGCUUGUGCUGGUGUUUUGAUGGGGCUGGACAUGCCGCCCGUGUUACUCAGCUCCUUUGGGAAAGGCGGACAGUGCUCAUCAUUGCUGCCACAGGCAGGGCAGGGACGUCUCUGCAGGGACCCGUGCUAUGGCAAGGCAGCUCCAAGCCCAGCGAGGGCCAGCCAGGAUGGAGACCCCAGCCGGGAUGGGAGACCCCGGCCGGGAUGGCUGGGACCAGCCGGGUUCUGCUGGGGCCAAGCUUCCCAAAACCCAGACAGCUGCCACCAUCAGCCCACCUGGCAUCGGCGGGUGCGGACGGUCCCCUCCCCAUCACUCCUGCUUUCUUAUCAUGUCGAGGAGAGUAGUAAAUAGACAGGUAUUAAAAAUGAACCGCUGUGUAAAUUGAACAAGGGCAAGGAAGAGGGAUGAGGAUAUUAUUACUGAAGUAAUAGCGCGUGGGAGCGUUUGGGUGACGCCGUCGUUGCAUACAAACCCCUCGCUGUUACGCGGUGUCACUGGAUAAGCAUCCCCCGUCCACAGCUGAGGCUGCUUUUUAUCAGUCUGCAACGCUC